AUGUCUUUAAAAUUAUGUCAUCCUCCCCCUAAGUAUCCCGGAGAACAAGGCACACCCGUUAAUUUGCCCUUAAAGCCAUCAGAAAAAGACUUGCAACUUAUAAACCAAGGAUGGAUUAAUAAUAAAUUUAAUCAAUAUGUUUCGGAUAUGAUACCGUUAAAUAGAUCUCUGCCAGAUGUUCAACAUGAAUGGUGUAAGCAAACGGAAAAUUAUCUCAAAAAUUUACCCGUUACCGAUAUAAUCAUAUGUUUUCACAAUGAGGCCUGGUCUACAUUGGUACGUACUGUAGUAUCGAUAUUAAAUCGUUCACCGGAACAUUUAAUAGGUCACAUUAUAUUGGUCGAUGAUUUUUCUGAUAUGGUACAUCUUCAGGAACCUCUCAGUAAGUACUUUUCGACGAAUCCGAAAAUAAAAAUAGUACGUGCUUCCAAAAGAGAGGGUCUAAUCCGUGGUAGAAUGUUAGGUAUAAACCAUUCCACAUCACCAGUUUUAACAUUUUUAGAUUCACAUUGUGAAUGUACAGAAGGUUGGUUAGAGCCCCUAUUGGAUCGUAUAGCUCGUAAUCCCACUACAGUUGUUUCGCCCUUCAUCGAUAUAAUCAAUAGGGAAACUUUCGAAUAUGUAAUUACCCCUUUAACGAAAAUGAAAUUUCUGGGAGGUUUUACAUGGAGAUUGGAAUACUCAUGGUUUAAGGCCUCAGAAGAAAGAACAACUCGUGAUCAACAUGAAAUGGCGCCUUAUGCAACACCCACCAUAGCGGGUGGUUUAUUUUCUAUUGAUCGUAAAUUUUUUGAACACUUAGGUUUGUACGAUCCCGGCUUCGAAUAUUGGGGCUCUGAAAAUCUUGAAUUAUCUUUUAAAACAUGGAUGUGUGGUGGUCGUUUAGAAAUGGUAUAUUGCUCGCGAGUGGGUCAUGUAUUUAGAAAUGAGACUCCAUUUGAGUAUCCUUUAGCUAAUAAGGUAAUCAAGAAAAAUGCUAUUCGUUUGGCCGAAGUUUGGUUGGACGAUUAUUCACGUAUUUAUUAUAAAAACCUGGGUUCGGCUUUUAACUUAACAGAAGCUGUGAGUGAUGUUAGAGAUCGUAAGCAAUUACGUGAAAAUAUUAAAUGCAAAAGUUUUAAAUGGUAUUUGGACAAUGUUUAUCCGGAGAAAUUUGUUCCUGUAGCUAUGGGAGCGGUAAGAAUAAAUAUUGUUGCUCACUUUACUCUGACUCUACCCUUACUCUACUUUUCUUAA